AUGGUUGCGUUUUUGUCGAACGGCGGCGGCACUUCCCACUGGGAUGACGGGUGCCUUGGGGUGGGCGCCACGGUGUCUGGAGGAGCAACGCGGAAGGCCGUGGGCGGCUUUGAGCCGGCGGGGGCUGGCGCGGAGAUGGCGGGCGGAGAGGGGCAGAAUCCCGGGCACGGCUCUUUGGGCGAGGAGGUGACGCUUGUGGCGACGGUGGCCGUCAACAAGGCGUCCCACCUCGCCGCUGGGCGUGGGCACGGCGGGGCCCGGGAGAGGCCCGGGGCUGCGGCGCCACGGGCAAAAGCGCCGGAGGACGGAGUUCGGGGCAGAAGGGGCGGAUGCACACGCAGUCGCGUGGGGGGAGGGGAUCGCAUACCGAGCGGUGUUCGCGGUGCGGCGCGGCGUACGUCGACGGGCGGCGCGCGGGGCGGUUGGGGGAGAGACGCCCGUCCCCGCCGGCUGCUUCGCCCGAGCCCGCGGCUGAGGGUUUUUGGGCCUGCGCCGGAGUUGCCGCCGCCUGAGGGGGUCUCGCGCGUCUGCUUUGGGGGCGGCGAAGGCGUCCACGAAAACGCGGCGCACCACGUGGCGCCGGAGAACGUCGUGCUGCGCAACCGCCGCUUCGGCGCCGGCGAGCUUGCGGCGCUGGGGGGAAGGAGGCGGCCGGCGCGACGGAGAAGGGCGGGCCGCCAGGGGCAGCGGGCGCCCAGCGCGCAACGGCCAAGGCGAAGGGCGGUUCCGUGCGCGGGGGUCUGUCUGGGGUGCGUCGCCGCCUCUUCCGGGGGCCGUGGGGGUGGGCGGCGAGGGAGGAGGCGGCGCGGCCCGCGCCGGGAGGCACGCGGAAUUUUUUUUUUUUUUUUCUUCUUCCACUUGCCGCCUGUCGUCUUCGGCGGGCCCGUUUUUUCUCUUUUUUUUUUGCGUAAAAUCUUCUUCUCCUUUUUUCGCUGUGCCCGCACGCUGCCUGCGGAGGGGCGGGGGCUCCCCGCACGAUUGUGUUCGCCUCUCCGCCCGGCGCGAGCCGAAGAGGGACGCCACGCCGCGCGGAAGGCCCCUGCGAAACGCAACUGGCCGCGUGGGCACGCGGCGGGCCACAACGACGCGAGGCAGGCAGGACUUUUUUUCCUUUUCGCCCCCCGCAGGCAAAAUGCGCACGCCGUUGCGGGACGCCACGCGACGACCCGCCGCCGCUUCACUUUUUUUGGGGGGAAAACACCACGGAGGACGAUAACUCUUCUUCCUCCUCUUGAGGACUUGUGGGGGAGCCACACGCCACGCAGGGCGCUUUUCUGUUGCUGA